AUGGUGUGCGGCGCCUGCCAGUUCUGCGGCUGCCCAAUGGUGCACACAAUCCUGGGUCCCCGGAGGGAGAAAGAGGAACUGCAGGCGCGGGAUGAGGAUCGCAAGCCAUCGCUGAGCCUUGCCUCGGACAAGGCCAACAGUCCCACCUGGAGCGUUACCAAGGUGAGUCACCUGGACGAGGACGAGGAGGAGGCAGAGGACACGCGCAGCUCUCUCAGUGAAAAGGUUCUCGGCGAGUCCUACAAGCCGCUGGACGAGAUUGAGUGGCCGAGUUGCUUCCCGGCGCCUCCAAGCAGUCCAAGCACUUCAUCCUCCCCUUCACACGCAUUCCUGCACGAAGUCUCCCCCUCCCCACCGCCAAACUUCAAGCACGAGGCCUCGCCCUCCCCGCCACCAGACUUCCGUCACGAGGCAUCCACGCUGCCGCUCUCUGAGUGCCGCCGUCGGGACGUGCUGACGCCGCUCACCCAAGCAGGAAAAGGCGACGCGCCGCCGCCACCGUCACCAGUCAGCAUUCAGUAUCAUCCCUCUCCUUCACCCCCGCUGGACUUCCGCUGUAAUGCCUCGCCUACACUUGCCCCAAACACCGCGGUCUCCACCACCAUCACCGGCAGAUCCCCAUCCUCUCCAAAGCCACCCCUCGUCAACACUUUAUUGCCAUCAGCUGCCCGUCAGCGGUCACCCUCGCCGCCACCGGAGUGUCGUUGGGUGUGCAUUAACGACCUGCAGCAGCAACACUCGUCAGCCUCUUCCCCGGCGGGUUCCAUCGUGUCCCCAACGCCCGCCAGCCGACGCUACUCUUCCUCGUCGCUGGGACAGGAGGCAGCCCUCACUCUCUCCCCGGCCAGGCUGCAGUACGAGAGCCGCUACUCCACUCUGGGCGGCCUCCAUCCCACCUCAGCUGCUCCUGCCACUAUGCUUCCUCUGACCACGUUGUCUCUAAACAGCACCCAGGUGAUCGAAGCCCCGAGCAGCGAUCAGCAGCAGCAACAGCAGCAGCCCGACACAGCCCUCACCUUCCUCGGCGACACAUCAUCCCCCUCGCCGCCACUGCCCCACUUCCCGGACGUGGACUCCUCAGACUCCCCGACGCACUACGACCUGCAGGACUCUGAUCUGUCAGAGCCAUCGCAGCGCUCUCUCACUCUGCUGGGCAAGACUGCCGAUGUUCAGGAGCCUCGCGCCUCCCCUUCAGCCUCCUCUCCUCUGUCCCGUCAAAACGAUUCCCAGUCCCCCGCCGCGCCCUCAUCGGCCACCGCAUCAGCCACACCCUCGCAGACUGCAGCCGCCGACGCUGUAGCUCCCACGCCGCCCCCUAUCCCAGAAUUCUUUGACGAGGAGGACGCGCCACCAACUCCACCACCCAUCCCCAAGUUCUUUGACACAGACAGUCCCCCAACAAGUCCACCUCCGCUCAAGCCCAAGCCUACUAACCUGCCACCCCAAGGCGAAAGGCCAGACGUACCACCACCCCAAAUAAUCUCCAGAAACGAGAUUUACGGUCGCCACUGCAAGUUGCCUCCACUCGACGUCAUCCAGGAGAGUCCACCACCAGAGUCUCCUGGAGAAGUACGAAAGAAAAGCCCCCCUCCCGAUCCGCCCUUCGAUAUCAUUCACCGCGAUCCCUCGCCAGAACCACAGCAGCCCGCACAGCCUCCCACUACCACAGAGGACAAAGCCGAGGCAGCCCCAGCCUCCCCGCCUCCUCCUCCUCCGAUCGACAUCCAGGCAAGGAGUCCAGAGAAGUCCCCCUCUCCACCCCCCGCUGCCGCCAAAAAGGAGAGUCCACCAGCGUCCGAGUAUGAGUAUUUCAACCUUCCCGACAACUGGCCAGCCUACCCGCCCUUCCUGUUCGGAAGUGACCACAACCGGCAGGACCUCAAGCAGCUCCCCCCUCCUCGGCCCUCCCCUCCCCUCGGUGCUCCACAGCAGCUGCUCACCGAUUUCAUCACCCAGCUGUUGUUCCUCUCAAGCCACGGCUGUGUUGCCAAAGAGUGGAGACUUUCUGGCGGCGCACGAGCAGCACACAUCCACACCUGGAGUGGCUUCCAUUGCCCCGAUCAUGAAAAGUGGAAUAUAUAUGAUGGACAAAACGUACUCGCUCACAUAACAAACUCGGCAGAGCUGCACUGGACGCUGACUGCUGUGUAG